UCAUACCUUGCUGCAUAUGUGAAGCUCAUUGCCCUCGUCUUGGUUCCAAGACCAGCGUGUACAUGUAAUUUAUUCUCAGAGCAAAUCGCUUCACCGCGAUCUUCAGACGAACCACAAUCACCCAUUCAAUUUAGAGCAUCUGCACCUUUGAGUCGUUUCUCCCACUUAACCACUUCCCUUCCUAGCCUCCACUGUAGCUAGAGAACAUAAAGGUUUAUUGUAAAGAACCUUGAGAUUAAUUCGAUCUGUUGUCUAUAUAGCGUUAGCCAGCUAUGACAUUUGCAUGAAUUCGAAAGGUUUACUCCUGGCCGAAGCCGCUUUGGAUAUCUUUUCGGAUGGGUGCACAACUGUUUUUUUUUUUCAUUCACAUGAACUGUGCAAGCAUAUCAAGUGACACACAGAGACAUCUUGCAGUUGGCCUCGGCAGCGUUUGUGGAUCGCGAGGCGCACGUACUGUCUUCGUUACCUCACAAUUUCAAAUGGAUUAGUAUUUGUAUGCUUAGUAAGUUAGCUGAAGAAGUUACCGAUUGCCAUAGAUAUGACUUUGCGGGGUUGGAGACUUUUUACACACCAACAAGCAAGUUUUCCAGGAGGCUGGUUUUGGAACCACACAUCCCUGUUUCUUUACAAUGGAGACCAGGAACAUUUACCACCUGGGAAUUACAUGCCAACUUUUACAAAUCCCUCGGUUAUAGUUGAGAAAUUCUUUCGUUUGGAAAUGCAUGCAUUUGGAGUAUCAUCUGUGAAGCAUCGAUAGAAGUAACCCUAAAGGUAUACGAAGGCUACUUAGCCACAGACUACCGUAUGUGCCGUUUCACGUUUUCAACACUUGACAGAUUGUUCACGAUAUUUCAUGUUGUAACCAUCUCGUGACACCUGUAUCAGAGGACCACCAAGUCACUCAGACCGCUUGAAAUCCCCAUUAAUCCACGUGUGCAUCGUCAGAGUGUGCAAGGACAUCGAACACCAAGAUUCAAGAUGUAUCAUUUAAACAUCAAGGACUUACUCCAACGCUUCAGUGACGGUACAAUGACGUGUGAGGCCUACACAAGACGGGUCAUCCAACGCGCCCAGGACCUAAAAGUCUUCAACUAUUUUGUAUCUAUGGAUACCGAGCGGAUGUUGAAGGAUGCCCAGGAGGCAGAUGCCAGGUACAGGAACAAGACCAACAGGCCUCUGGAAGGCGUCCCGAUUGCCAUGAAGGACAACAUCGACAUCGAAGGGGAGGAGACCGGAGCUGGCACCCCGGGCCUUGCCGGCCUUAAGCCAAAGCACACGGCCGAGGUGGCUCGUAGGCUAUUCGAUGCCGGAGCGAUCCAUGCCGGUCGGGUGAACAUGCAUGAAUUGGCUUCUGGGGCAUCGACCUGCAAUGCGUACACAGGAGCCAGUCAUAACUUUCACAACUUCGACUACACCUGCGGGGGCAGUAGCGGCGGCAGCGGUGGGGUGGUAUCCGCUGAUAUCGUCCCAGCUGCCUUGGGAACCGACACUGCGGGUUCGAUUCGGAUACCGUCCUCGUACAAUGGGGUCUUUGGCCUGCGUCCAACCAGUGGACGUUGGCCGGCUGACUACGGUGUCAAGAUGACUCAUCUCCGGGAUUCGGUUGGUCCCCUCGUACGCAGCGCUGAGGACAUUGCGAUCCUGGACAGCAUCGUGACGGGAGAAGAACCCCACGGGGAACUGUCACCAGAAGAGAUCAGGAUCGGGGUUCCCCGGCCUCUGUUCUGGGAGGCUCUGGAUCCUGAGAUCGAAGACCAUGCAGAGCAUUUCUUGGCAAAGCUGAAGGAGAAGGGAUUCGUGAUUGUGCAGGGGCCGGAGAUUCCAGGUUCAAGGGAGAUGGUGGAGAAAUACCUUCUUCCUACUAUCCACUACGAAGUCGUUCCUCGGCUUGAUGAGUACCUCAGAUACCAUGGGCACAGCGUCACCGUUCAGAGCGUCAUCGACAAGAUUGCCUCGCCAGACGUUAAGGUCGUGUUUGAAAACGUCAUUGACAGUCCUCCUACCGAGGACGUAUUUGAAUCGGCCAUAGCUGCCAGGGCCAAGGUCCGUGAAGAUCUGAAGACCUACUUUGAGGACUACCGUCUGGACUGUAUCCUGAUGCCGGCCAACAAGAUCCUGGCACCGACACUGCACAUCUUCGAGGGGAACAACGUCGAACUGUGUAGACUCAUCACUCAAAAUGACGACUUGGCGAACAUUUGCAACAACCCAUCCCUGGUCAUCCCCGGCGGGUUUGCCCAACCGAGUGGGGUUCCCUUCGGCAUGCAGAUUGAGAGCUACACGGGCAGUGACAGGCGGCUGAUCGCUGUGGCGGUGGCUAUAGAAAAGGCUCUGAGAUAUUAAUGUGGAAUGUUACUCAAGGGUCAAAUGUGUUAACUCAAGAUCCUUACCUGUUUAACGCCACGUUAAUUUAUUUAUAACGAAACAACCUUUCUUUUGCCAUACGAAAAUGUUAACAUGUGAAAAAACGCUCUUUCCUAAUUUCGUGCACAAAAAAGGCUCAAGCAGAAUUCUGUGAAUUCUGGAGUUUAUCAGUGACAUUGAGCUCGUUUGCAUAAGUGGCUUUUGUCGGUCUUAUACAAAGGAUUAAAUUCAGGGUUUCCCUGUGUUUAGCUUAUCACCUGUAUUUAGCAAGCCAGUGAAACUGCAUUUGGAAUUCCAGUUUCGACGGUGCAUAAUUUUCCCUCAGUUAGUGACUUUUGCUCGAGCAUCGUUUUGAACAUUAAUUUUGUGUUAAUUUCUUUUCAAGUGAAACUGGAACAACACUGAAGCGGUAACGUAAAACACGACUUAGUUAUCCAUUA